GAGAGAGAGGGAGGGCGCUGCUCCUCCGUCUCCUCUCGUCACUCAUCCCGGAUCAGCCUCGUGAGCGGCUCCGCUUCUCUGGAAUGGAACCGGAUUUAUUCCCGCUGCGGUUCGUCCGUCUCCGGUACUCUUUCUCCGCCACAACGGACGUGUCUGCUCUCCGCUGAACAACUUCUUUCCUGGUUUAAAUCUAUACGUGUAUAUAUUUAUAUUUCUUUCUUUAUUUUGACCGCCCCCCCCCCAACUUGUUACUGAGCCUUCUCUCUUUAAUGGAUGGAGAAUUCUGAACCGAUGGUGAACGAGCUGAGGUCAGGCCGGUUGUGAAGGCGCUGGGUUAGCCCCCCCCCCGAAACCCCCAGCCGGACACAGCAUGGCGGCGGGAGUGGCAGCGUGGCUUCCCUUCGCCCGGGCGGCCGCCAUCGGCUGGAUGCCCGUGGCCAACCUGCCCAUGCCGGUGGCGCCCGCCGGGAAGAACAAGCGGCAGGACGAGAUGAUCAUCCUCAACGUGAGCGGGCGGCGCUUCGAGACCUGGAGGAACACGCUGGACCGCUACCCGGACACGCUGCUGGGCAGCUCGGAGAAGGAGUUCUUCUACAACGAGGAGACCAAAGAGUACUUCUUCGACCGGGACCCCGACGUCUUCCGCAGCGUGCUCAACUUCUACCGCACGGGGAAGCUGCACUACCCGCGCUACGAGUGCAUCUCCUCCUACGAUGAGGAGCUGGCCUUCUUCGGCAUCAUCUCGGAGAUCAUCGGCGACUGCUGCUACGAAGAGUACAAGGACAGGAAGCGGGAGAACGCCGAGCGGCUGAUGGACGACCAGGAGGACAACAAGGACGCCAAGCCGCCCAACAUGACCUGCCGCGAGAGCAUGUGGCGGGCCUUCGAGAACCCCCACACCUCCACCAUGGCGCUGGUCUUCUACUACGUCACGGGCUUCUUCAUCGCGGUCUCCGUCAUCACCAACGUGGUGGAGACGGUGCCCUGCGGCACCUCGCCCAACCAGAAGGAGGUGCCGUGCGGCGAGCGCUACACCGUGGCCUUCUUCUGCAUGGACACGGCCUGCGUGAUGAUCUUCACCGUGGAGUACCUGAUGCGCCUCUUCGCCGCGCCUAGCCGCUACCGCUUCAUGCGCUCGGUGAUGAGCAUCAUCGACGUGGUGGCCAUCCUGCCGUACUACAUCGGCCUGGUGAUGACCGACAACGAGGACGUGAGCGGCGCCUUCGUCACGCUGCGCGUCUUCCGCGUCUUCCGCAUCUUCAAGUUCUCGCGCCACUCGCAGGGCCUGCGGAUCCUGGGCUACACGCUGAAGAGCUGCGCCUCGGAGCUGGGCUUCCUGCUCUUCAGCCUCACCAUGGCCAUCAUCAUCUUCGCCACCGUCAUGUUCUACGCCGAGAAGGGCUCCAGCUCCAGCAAGUUCACCAGCAUCCCGGCCUCCUUCUGGUACACCAUCGUCACCAUGACGACGCUGGGGUACGGAGACAUGGUCCCUAAGACGAUCGCAGGGAAGAUCUUCGGCUCCAUCUGCUCUCUGAGCGGCGUGCUGGUCAUCGCGCUGCCCGUCCCCGUCAUCGUGUCCAACUUCAGCCGCAUCUACCACCAGAACCAGAGGGCGGACAAGCGGCGUGCGCAGAAGAUGCAGAAAGCCCGCUUGGCCCGGAUACGAAUAUCCAAGCAGGGAACCUCCAACGCCUUCCUGCACAGCAAGCGCAACGGCCUGUUCAACGAGGCGCCGGAGUUCACGCAACUUCCAUACAAGAUGAACCUUUCGGACCAGAGCUCCACUGAGGAGGACCAGCGGUUAAACAAGUCCACCUCUCUCCUAGAGAGCCAGCACCACCACCUGCUGCACUGUCUGGAGAAGACCACAAACCACGAGUUCGUGGACCAGCAGUACUACCAGCAGAGCUACCUGGAGGCGGGGCUGCAGAACUACCCCUCGAGAAGCCCCUCCCUCUCCAGCCGGGACGGCGUGACGGGCACGUGCUGUACCCGCCGCAGCAAGAAGCAGCACGCCCCUCUGCAGAACGCCAGCGGCCCGGCGCACAUGCAGCCCCUGACGCACGUGCACGCCCACCCGCGGGGCCUCCAGGAGCUCAGCACCAUCCACAUCCAGCCGCUCAGUACCAGCCGCUCCAGCCUGAACAUGCGCGUGGACGAGCCGGCGUCCCUGAACUGCAGCAGCCAGAUCACCACGGCCAUCAUCAGCAUCCCAACGCCGCCGGUCACGGCCCCCGACGGCGACGCUCACCUGCACGCAGGCCCCGCCCACCCGAACGUUGUGAAGGUGUCUGCGCUGUGAGGAAAGACAGUAUGAAAGAUUUUAAAAAACACACACUCAUGGAGACAGACUGAGGGACGAGGACGAAGGAGACGGAGGAGGCGUUCAGGGUCCUGGUCCAGCCCGCCCUCUGCUGGUCAUGUACUGUAACGACAUGGACUCCCUGGGUGGCUUUAGAUACAGGGUGUGCGUGUGUGCGUGUGAAAGAGAGCGUGAUGGAGGCGUGUGAGUCACACGUCACUUUCCACAAAGCAUCUUUUUAUGAGUUUUUGCUUCCGUUCACCCUCAAGGUUCCUUUUAUUGUGUUAAGCAGGAGGAAUAAAGACAGAAAAAGAGUCAUCAGAAGUCCUUCAUGCUGAUUUAAACCCUCAACUCUUUAAAUCCUCGUUUCAUUCCAAUGAGUGAAAGAGAUGAAACGUGAAAGGUGGACUGUGACAGUGUGUGUGUGUGUGUGUGUGUGUGUGUGUGUGUGUGUGUUACAGAGGGAGAAUGUGUGUGUGAAGUUAAGUGUGAGAGUAAAGUCACGUAUCUUUUUUCCUUCGGUCCUUGUUUGUUUGGUUUAUUCCUAAAGCAGGAACAAAGAACCAAGACGACGCUUCGCUUCUUUUGGUCCACCUGUUGGCAGAGAAACACGCCUCCAGUACGAGUGUGUGUGUGUGUGUGUGUGUGUGUGUGACUCUGAAGAGCUUCUCGUGCACGUUUCCAAUCAGACGUUCUCAGCUGCGGGGCCUUUUUUACACGAGAUGUGCCUGAGUAAAAAGAGAUUAGUGUCCGUAGCUUUUCUUCCCCCCCGACUGACCUCGAGUAACUCAAAGAAACCAAAUAAAAAUUCUGAAUUCAAACCCUCACGAUUAAAAGCACAAGGCAUCCGCUGAGAACCUCUGACAGGAACGUGUUGUGAGGCCGGGUGACUUCUUUUCUUUUUCUGUGAAUAUUGUUAAUAGAAUAUUUUGUAAUAUUUGAACAUCGUUUGGCAGAACCAGUGAAGCUGUCUUCUUGUUGUCCCCCCUCCCUCGGUCUGUCUCUCUCUCGUUGUGGUCCUGUUGUGUCCCUCCCUCCUGUGUGAACAACAGAAUGCUUUCACAAGUCUUUUUAGCUGUUGACACCCCCCCCCCCCCCCACACACACCCAAAAAAAACCUCAGCGGGCAUUUUCUUACAAAGUUGUUGAGUAUGUGUACUUUGUGUGAUUAGGAAACUUGGUGUUUGUACUUUUUGUCCUCUGUGUUUUAAAAGGAUUUUUGUUUGAUCUCCUGGAGAAUUUAAUGGGGGGGGGGGGGCACAAGGUGAGCCGUCGCAUUGGAGUUGACCUUUGGGAUGAUGGACGUGACCUUUUCAACGGAUGCCUCCAUGUUGGCCUUCUGAUUAUUAUGGUGGGUCGUUGCCAUGUGGAGCAGCUCUUCUGCUGCUUCUUCUUCUUUAGAGAGAUGAGAUGGAGAUCUCUAUUGAGAUGAGAUGGAGAUCUUUAGAGAUGAGAUGGAGAUCACUAAUGAGAUGAGAUAGAGAUCUCUAGAGAUGAGAUGGAGAUCUCUAAUGAGAUGAGAUGGAGAUCUCUAGAGAUGAGAUGGAGAUCUCUAAUGAGAUGAGAUGGAGAUCUCUAGAGAUGAGAUGGAGAUCUCUAAUGAGAUGAGAUAGAGAUCUCUAGAGAUGAGAUGGAGAUCUCUAAUGAGAUGAGAUGGAGAUCUCUAGAGAUGAGAUGGGCCUUCGUCCAUCAGGCAGGGGAACAUUUCAAAAGGCAAUACGUGAAUUGGACUAAUUGUUGCUCUUUCUUUUGCUAGAAAGGAACCGUUGAACCUUUAAAUAGAGGCUUUCAAGUAUUUAAUUACACCGUCCAUGCCUUUGUACUAAGACAAAAUACCAUCCUAUCAGCCAGAAAUGGAGGUGAAAUAGAGCAGAUCUGGUUCCAUAUCAGUAGUUUGUUGUGCUUUAGUUCCCCUUUAUCCAGACCGUAGAACCCCCCCCAUUAAAAAGGGGAAGGACCCCGGUACAGGAAGUGUGUGACACCUCAGAACCACGAAGUAGUGAAUAAACCUGCAGGAAAAAGAGGACGAGAAGAAGCACAGAAGUUCUUAUAGGUGUGACCUUUAUGGAGACAUUGACUUCUUGUCCUCAGUGUCCAGAGGGACAUUUAGGACACAAAGGUGUGACAUAGGUGGUCCGCACUGAGGACGCCCGUGUUUUUUCUGGUGUUAUUGGUGAUUUAAACGUGUUAUUAACGCUUCCUUCUCUCAGCAGGUCGCUUUGUGUCACCUUCAGCCAUUUGGACUCAAAGCUUUUUCUUCUUUUCAAUCCUUUUGCGAACAGAAACCAGAGGUCUGUGCUUGUGUUUGUCUCUCUGUCAUGUGCUCCCCUUUUUGCUCAUGAGCUCGGUCAGUUUUCCCUGCUCACCCUUUGCUUUGGCCUCCUGCGCCACCUGUUGUUGUUCAGACUACUGCUGUGUGUUUCCUGUCAGGUGUUGGAUAUUAUUUAUGACCUUUGUCUUGUGUUCCUCGACUGUGAAAAACGCCUGAUAAAAAAACUCUAUAUCUGCCACAAGCACAGCAUCCGCUCUUCUUCUUCAC